GGGGGAAUAUUAUUUGAUGGACGGAACGAGUAAAUUCAGUGCGGAUGCUCGGUCAUGGAAUGAAAAUAAAUCUGGUAAACGCGGUUUCCAUACUGAAAGGAACCAGAAUUGUUGGGAGUCAAGCGAGUGGGUUUACGUGGGUUUAUCCCCCCGCCCUCCAUUUUCAAUGCCGGGCAGUCAGGCGGAAGUGGCCGCGACCAUUUUGAAAAACACGAGCAGCAGCACCAGCAGCAGCACUAGCAGCGCUAAGCACCAUGGACAAGGGUCAAACGGUGAAGCUGUUUGUGGGCAACCUAGCGUUGGAAAGCACCCAGGAGGAGCUGUCGGCCAUCUUCGAGCCGUACGGUCACGUGGUCAGCUGCAGCGUGCUGCGGCAGUUCGCCUUCGUGCACCUGCAGGGCGAGGGCGCCGCCGAGCGCGCCAUCCGCGAUCUCAACGGGCGCGAGUUCCGCGGGCGCAACUUGGUGGUGGAGGAGUCGCGGGGGCGGCCGCUGCACUCCACCAAAGUGUUUGUGGGGAACCUGAGCGGCAUGUGCACCACAGAAGAUCUCCAGCAGCUCUUUCAGACUUUUGGGAAAGUGCUGGAAUGCGACAAAGUCAAAGCCAGGCAUUCGUCUUCCGUAGGCUACGCCUUCGUGCACAUGGAGAACAAGGAAGACGCACUUCAGGCCAUCGAGGCGCUUCACGGCACUUCCUUUAAGGGGCGGCCCCUUUCCGUGGAGCUCUCCAAAGUUCAGCCCAGCAAGCAGACGCCCACCGGGAAGAUUCCUUGCGUCAAUUGCGGCAAGCAGGGCCACUACGCCGGCGAGUGUCCCGUGGGGAAGCCCACCCUGGAGCAGUACCAGAGUCAGGCGGCCGUGCUGGCCGCGGCGGCGGCCGCCGCCGCCGGCCUCCCUCUUCAAGUGCAGCAGAGCGUGCACAACUCGGUGUACAACACGUCCACGUUCGAUCCCACGUACGCCGCCCUCACCGGGAUCACCACGGGCACGCGCACCGACGGCAACCCCGUCAACCCGGCGGUCUACGGCGCCCUCGCCAGCCAGGUGUACGGCGCCAACGUGGCCAAUCAGCUCUACGGAUCGGUGGCCAACCAGGCCGCGCUGUCGUCGGGAGCCGCUCAAGUUUACAGCUCGGUCGCCCCCAACCUCUACGGUCAGGUGGCUGCCAAUCCCGCCGCAGCGGCCGCUUACACGACGCCCGUUUACACGCCGUCGAUGGCCAACUCCAUCUACCUGACCGCCGGGCCCGGGAUCGAAAUGCAGUCGGCGGCGGCGGUCAACCCCGCCUACACAGUCGCGCCUGCGAUAUCGCCCGCCUACGCUCACAUCACCGCCAUGGGUGCCGCAGACCCCGCGACGGCCAUCUUUGAAGUGGCCAGACAGGCCCAUUAUUUUGCUCAAGGUCAGCAGGUCGUGGCCGAGCAGCAGACGGCGGCGGCGGCCAAGUCCGGCGAACGGGACCGCAGUCCGCUCCGACGGACGGCCUCCCUCCUGCCGGACCCCGUCAUGAAGCCGUUUAUAUACCAGCGGGCCAAACCGCGGCGCUCGCUGCUCCCGACCCCCGCCGGCCGCGCUGCCGAGGAGGCGUCGUCGGAGGCGCCCGAGGACCACGUGGCAAGAUACUAUGCUGACUACUACCAGCAGCUGCAGCAGUACCCUCACUUCCAGUACGCCUACCCCUCCCCCGGGGCCAUGAGCGCCAUCCCCGGCAUGCAGGCGGUGCCCGCCCAGCCCGUGGCCGCGCUGGACGCCCUCAGGCCAGUGGUCCCCGCCGCCGCCGCUGUGGCAGCAGCCAUGGCUGCGCCCAGGGUGUAUGAGCCGCCGUUGCCGCCGACCACGCGCAAGGAGUCCAUCCUCCGCCGCCCCGAACUCUCCCUUCACACGCCUGAGCCCCCCUUCCGAUAG